GUGGAUCCUGCGCCUCCCGCUCCGAGGCUCUAGGGCUGGGGCCGCAAGGGGCUGAGGUUCGGGUUGUCGCGGUGUGGCCGUCUCCGCGUUGGUCCUCCGCCCCGCCCGACGGGCGGCAGCGCGCUCGGAGGCGCGGCAAGGGGCGCACGGGCGUCGGCGCCCGCCGGCUGCACCAUGGUCCAGCUCACUCCUGUCCUGCGCAAGGCCUACCACGGGGGCCACUUAACCAUCCGCCUUGCCCUGAGCGGCUGUACCAACCGGCCUUUCUACCGCAUUGUGGCUGCUCACAACAAGUGCCCCCGGGAUGGCCGUUUCGUGGAGCAGCUGGGCUCCUAUGAUCCCCUGCCCAACAGUCACGGGGAGAAAAUCGUUGCUCUCAACCUAGAGCGGAUCCGGCAUUGGAUUGGCUGUGGGGCCCACCUCUCUAAGCCUGUGGAGAGGCUUCUGGGUCUUUCUGGCUUUUUCCCUCUGCAUCCCAUGAUGAUCACAAAUGCUGAGAGGCUGCGAAGGAAACGGGCACGUGAAGUCCUCUUAGCAUCUCAGAAAACAGAUACAGAGGCUACAGAAACAAAAACAAGCUGACUUCAGUGAGCAGAGAACAUUGGGAGAAAGGUCAAAGCCCUCUUAAAACACCUGUGCAGAACUCUUAGUUUUAUUAGAUUUGGAGGUCAAUAAAUGGGAGUUUUCUGAGUCA